ACAAUAUUGUAUAACCACAAAACGUCAAUAAAUUAUUUUCUUUACAUUAGCAUAUAAUUAAUACUAUUUAUCUACUUUACAAAUAAAAUUAUGAUAAGACAAACAUUGAUAAGUCGAACUCCAGUGAUAUUAUUUUCGAAGGACAGGAAUAGGUGCACAUGGAUUUCAAUUGUUGUGAUUAUUCAAUGCUUUUUAGUUUACCUUGGAGCAGCUACGAUUAUCUACUGCGUUUGGUCUCCAGACAAUGCGACUUUGGACUAUGACAUACUGGCCCGGAUAAUGUACCUUUACGAUUCUGAAACUUGUGGGUACAAUCUUCGAGCAUCAAAAGGCUUGACCAAUAUCCGUCUAAGCAACGACACAAAAGGAUUCAAUGUGAGACCUAUCAAAUGGAGUCCCGCUAUAGUUACUGUAUCUACAAGAUUAUCUGCAAAAACUAGAAAAUACGUAAAUUUUAGCUUUGGUGUUCAUUUAAUAUGGAACUUAACUGCUCUAGCCCUCGUCAUGUUUACGAGAGGCAGUUCGAAAAUAAAACACACAAAGUACGCCUUGGCGACUUUCUUCUACAUUACAUCCUUGAUUACCGUCUGUGACAUAUCAAUAGCAAUAGUCUACAUAGCUGAUAUCCAACAGAGCUUAACUAAAGGCAUGAUCAUAAGAUACAGCGGUUGGAGCAUGGAGGUCAAACUUAGAAAUUACGACGAUUUUGGCGGUUGGCUACCUAUAAUUGCCUCAAUAUGUUGGCUCAGGGGUAUUGUCAUUCUAAUCUUCAACGUGUACAUGUGCAAAUUGAUUUACUCCAUCAGAAAUAAAAUUAGGAUGAAAGAAGUUGGUAAACGCGUGAAAUUCAGAAGCAACUUUCCGAUACCUGAUGCUAAAAUCAAUUUGCCAAUAGAUACAAACGUUUUGUACUACAGACGAGGCGAGGAAAUGCCGUUUAUCAUGAGAGACACAAUUCAAAACGUAUUCUAUUAAAAUGAUUUUAGCAAUAAUUCUCUCUUUUAUUCAAAUAUCUUGAACGUAACGUUUUUGUGUCGAAACGCUAAGGAAAUUGAAUUCGGAUCGUUCGUCGGACAUUGCUAUUAAAAUUUUGAUUAUCACAUCGUCUGGAGGGAGAGGCCAUUAAUUUUAGACUUUAACCUGUAAUCGAAACAGGGACAGGCCAAUCUCGGACGCCAAAUUAGUUCACGGCCCACUUGAAAUUGUUUAGCCCCAGCAGAUUGUCAUUGAAACGUAUUUUGAUGAAGAUCCAGUAAAUUUAUUCGGCUCAAAUGGAUUUUGUUCAGCGAAAUGAGUAGUCUAGCGUUCUGGAGCAUGAUCGCCAUUUUAAUACAGACAAUAGUCUGUUUGAUAUUAACCUGGCCAACCCUCGUCUGCACGUAUUCACCUAACAUUGAAGAUCUCAGUGAGGCCACCCUUAUUAAAGUACUAUAUCUAUACGACCCUGUCGCCUGCAAUCGAGUUUACUUUUAUAAUUACACAGUCUUUUUCAACGGUACAAGCUAUAAGACCAUAUUUUGGAUAUCCGAAAACAAAAUAGCAGCGGAUUUCAGAAGCAAAACCAAGGCUUGGAUAACCCUCCACAUAUUUUGGUUUAUACUCAGCAUUUUAAAUUUGAUUGAAAGCACUCGAUCCCGACUCUCGCACUUCUCUCUGCUGCCCUUCACCGUAGUCGGAACAGCAGUGAUCGCUGUCGACGUGAUUUACGCUAUUUUGUUCUUGGUUGAUGUUGGCUACACCGGGAAUCAAGCUUCGAUAUUGGAAUAUAUUGACGGCCAAGAGAAACACGUACAUAGCUUCAACAAAGAUAAUAUAUCCACUAAAUAUGACAGAAGCGACACAUCCUGGAUAGCUUUGCUGAUGGCUUACGUCAGCAUUAGGGGCGUCGUAGUGGAAGUCUUCAAUUUUUGGAUCGUCAAAGACAACUACUUUGCUGCAGUGGCUCAGAGACGUAAACCGCAACGACGUAAAAACAGUAACUUUUCUAAAGCCUCAUAUUACUCUUAUAUUUAUGCCUAAUGAUCGUUGUUUCACCAGCAAGAGCAAAGAGUCGGCAGGAAGCAGCCCUCCAUCGAAUCAGAAGCUGUUUGUUUAUGUAUUUUAUCACCAUGACAUUUUAAUAUAAAGAUAAGCAGACAUAGUUUCGGCUGUUAUGAAAAACUACCGCUUUUUCCAUCUUUUUCUUUGACAAAGUAACGAUACGUUCUGAUCAAGCAAACAAGCAAGAUAACAAGAGCAGUGCUUCGCAGAAUCUACCACCGGAUCGGAAUCGCGACCCACUGAGAAGAUCCGGCGAGAAGCUCAGUGGGCUGUGUCUAUGGGUUACUUCGCUCGUCAAACUCUUCAACGACGAGUUUGACAAGGACGGUGACUUGCUUUCAUCAAGUCUCAAACUAUGCCAAAAUAAAUCGAUUCUCGAAAUUCAA